AAUCCAAGGGCCGAGUUUGAUAGUGGCGCUCAAUUAGACGCGACGAGCUCAGCACGCCGUCGCCGCUUCUUAGAAAUGUCGAAGCUCAGUUUUCUUUCGAGGAAUGCUCUCAAAUAUAGGGUUUCACUGUUUGAUCCAAUCCGCUGGAUGCCUUCAAGGAGUUUCUCCUCCGUUGGGGAGCAGCAAGAGCCAGUCUCCGACUCAUUUUACGAAUCUUCCGAAGGUGCGGCCUAUGGUCGGCUGACAGGUUUUGGAAGAAACACACUGAAGACAGAUAUUAUACAUUUCUUGGAAGGAUGUGAUCUUUCUACAUCGGAUGUAAAGUUUGAAUACAACAAUAAUUUUAAUCCAAUUUCAAUGAUGUUGCGGUUUCCUUCACAGUCUUCCUAUGAUGCAGCUUUGAGGCAAACUACGAGGAAGGGUCGUUUAUACAAGUUAGAUAAGAUAAGUUCUGGCCAAUGGGAUAUCACUGAAUCGCAUGACGGCAGAACUGUUCUAAUUCAAGGUAUUCCCAGCAACGCUGUUCGAGAAGACAUAGAGCGCUUUCUAUCUGGUUGUAAUUUUGAUCCAAAAUCCUUCAGAUUCAUUUCUAGGAAUGCUAUUCAAAAUACUGUUAAAGCUGUAGCUGUCCGGGUGGCAACUGGUCUUGAAGCAGUCAAUUUCCAAAUCAGGAAAAACAGAAGCUUAUGCUUCAAUGUUCCUGUUACUGUAAGAGUUCUACAGUAGGAUUCAAAUUUUCCUCUCUAUUUCCUCGAAGUAAACUCUUUAGACCUUGUUUUAAAUUAUAUGAUCAAUUUAUACUUCGCAGUGCAUUUUUUUUGUUUGAAGAUAACUUUAUUUUCUAGAACCUGCUCCUUAUAAUGUGCUUCAUUGUAUGGUUUAUGUUGUAAUAACCUUUUAAUGCACUUCUAAUGUUAAGUUAAAUUUCCGCAAA